UCACAUUGCUUAGUGAACGCCUAAGGCUACGGAUCACCUUGCUUAAAGCACUAAUUGACCAGCCAUCAAGUGACAGCCACAUGAAUUAAACAGUCUCAUGGUCUCUUCCCUAUUUUGGAGUCUCGGAAUAUAAACCAGUUGGUGAGAUAGGAGAGGGAGCAUUUGCUGAUGUUCUGAAGACACUGAGUCUUAGGAAUGGAAAGUAUUAUGCAUGUAAACACAUGAAGCAACGUUUUGAAAGUGUGGAACAAGUGAAUAAUCUGAAAGAGAUACAAGUGCUAAGGAGGCUGAGUCCACAUCAUAAUAUCCUUAUGUUACAUGAAGUUUUUUUUGAUAAAAAACCUGGCUCCCUUUCACUCAUUUGUGAACCUAUGGACAUGAAUAUUUGAAAGCUGGUAAGAGAUAUGAGAAAGCCAUUACCCAAAAAAAAACCCCAAACCCUUAAGAACAACAUGUACCAGUUAUGCAAAUCUCUUGAUUACAUACACAGAAAUAGGAUAUUUAAGAGAGAUGUGAAACCAGAAAACAUAUUAAUAAAGUAGAAUACCCUGAAGUUAGCAGAUUUUGGAUCUUGUAGGAGUAUCUAUGCUAAGCCUCAUACAGAAUAUAUCUCUACACGUUGGUAUGAAUGCUUACUUACAGAUGGCGACUAUAGUUGCAAAAUUGAUAUGUGGAGCGCUGGCUGUGUUUUCUAUGAAAUCACAAGUUUUCAGCCUGUCUUUCCUGGAUCUAAUGAGCUGGACCAAAUUUCAAAAAUCCAUGAUGUUAUGGGCACUCCUGCUAACAAAACUCUCAACAGGUUCAAGCAGUCAAGAAUUGUGAGUUUUGAUUUCCCCUUUAAAAAAGGAAAAGGAAUACCUCCUCUUGUGCACAGUUGGUCUCCCAAAGCCUUCUCUCUCCUGUACGCAAUGAUAAAAUAUGAUCCCGAUGAGAGAAUUGCUGCCCAUCAAGCAUUACAGCACCCUUAUUUUCAAGAACUCUGGACAGCUGAUACACAAGCUUUGGCUAUGUACAAAAAAUUAAGAUUACUAGGAAAUACCACAGGGCAAGUACCUCUGUGGCAAAUUUCAAAGGAAAGUCAAAGACAGGUAAUAUUUAACAUUCCCUUAGGACAGUCCAGGAAAAAAACAAAACCACAACAUAGACACUCUUAUGGAGAAUUACCAAAAUUAAAUAUUUCUGGAGUAGCCAAAUUAAUUUCCUGUCCUACUCCUGCAUUGCAUUCAGUGUUCUGAGCUCCUAAGGAAAGUGGUGAAACCCCUGUGAUACAGUAUGCUAGAUUUAUUGGAUCAAAUAUUGAGUCUGAGAAACAGAAGGCACUUAAGUCUUCCCGAAAACGUUGCCACUUACCUGCUAUAGAAAGAAGAGGAGGGUGUUACUGA